CCCCCCUCCUUUCUCAGUCGGGUAGCAGGCUUUCUCCCUUUACGUCGUUCGUUCGGUCUCCUCAAGCACCCUUUCACACCAUGAAGCUCUUACUGCAACUGUCAGCUCUGGCCCUGGCGCAUGCUGUCGUAGGCGUGACACUGCCGGCCCGCAGCUCAGGUCCCCAGUUUGACAAGGGCCAACCCGUCGACGGGAAUGGGAAGGGAGCUCCCAUCUUGUGCGGAACGAAUCAGCAGGUCGACAUUGCGAAUCCUGAUAACCUUGGACGACAAGCCACAGACAACGGAAUCGUACCCAACCUCAGAGGGCGAUUUUCGGACUUCAAGACUCGGCUGUUUCGGGGCGGAUGGCUCCGGGAGCAGGUGAUCCAGGACCUUCCGCAAAGCCACGACGUCUCCGCUGCCCAGCAACAUCUUUCCAAGGGCGCAAUCAGGGAAUUGCAUUGGCACCGGGUUGCCGAGUGGGGCUUUGUAUAUGCGGGUUCCGUCCGCAUCUCGGCCGUUGACGAGUUUGGAAGAUUCCAGCUUGUGACGCUCAACUACGGCGACAUCUGGUAUUUUCCCAAGGGCAUGGCACAUACGAUUCAGGGUCUGGAGGAUGAAAAUGAGUUCCUUCUGGUGUUUGACGACGCCGACUUUGACAAGAUUGGGUAA